AUGGGAGCGUGGCUCUUCGUACUAGCGGUUGUGCUAAACUGUGUUAAUCUUUUUGCACAAGUCCAUUUCACUAUUUUGUAUGCGGAUCUGGAAGCAGACUACAUCAAUCCAAUCGAGCUAUGUUCAAAGGUCAAUAAAUUGAUAACUCCUGAGGCCUCCUUGCAUGCGUUCAUCUCGAUAUUGUUCUUGUUGAACGGGUACUGGUUUGUGUUUUUGAUUAACUUGCCUUUGCUAGCUUUCAAUGCCAACAAAAUUUACAAGAAACUGCAACUGCUCGAUGCCACUGAGAUCUUUAGAACUUUAGGGAAGCAUAAGAAAGAGAGCUUUUUGAAGCUAGGUUUCUACCUGUUGAUGUUCUUCUUCUAUUUGUACAGAAUGAUCAUGGCUUUGAUUGCCGAGAGCGAGUGA